ACACUUUGAAAAUAAAUGCAUUUUUUUCCAUCAGAAAGCGUAUGAUUAUCGUCCUUAAUGGAAGAGUAUUUUUCUCCGUUAAACGGCGCCAAAAGUUUUUAUUUUGACAUGUUCCGCUAUUACACGGCGUUUCCUGUUUAUUUUAAAAUUUUCAUUUUACAUUGUGAUAAAAUACCACACUGCUUUUAUUUAUUUUUUAUGUUAUAAUUACUGUUAUUGUAAAUUUCGCUAUUAGAACGAUCUAGAAGGCAGGUAAUCUAUAAAUACCCCCUGUUUGCCCCGCCUCCUUCAGUCUACUGUUCACGGAGUUGGACUAGACUUUGGCAUUGGCAUUUGAGCAGCUAUUAUCAGCUAUUAUCAGCGAAUUUCAUCUCUACCAGUGACUAUCAACGGUUUUAAAGACCUUCUUCAUCGUGUGGACCGGACUUCAGCAGCAGCAGAGCAGCAGAACCAGUGGAACCAGCGGAGGAUCGAAGAUGCCUCGUCUCAAGGGCCACAACCGUUCCAGUGCGGCCAAGAGGAUGGAGAAGCACCUGGCUGCGGUGGUGGAGUCUGCGCCUGCGGAGCUCCACCAGCUUCAUGCCACCGGCUCCCGGUCCCUCACGCCGAGGUACUGGUCGUCGCCACCGUGUGAGCACCUGGCCAGUUUCAACCCUGACUGGCAGGAGUCACAAAGUGGUCAUCCCGGCCGAGUCAUCUGACAAGAAGUUUGUUCUUGUCGGGGAUUCCCACCUGCGCGCCAUCGUUGAUGGCAUCGUGUAGUUUCUGGACGAGUUCCUUUCCUUUGGUGCCAUGUCGACGCCGGGGGCCUGUGCCAGGGAGCUGACGAUCGAGUUGGUGAGUGCAGUCCUCCCCAGGACACCUGACCUUGUCUGUGUUCUAGCCCCCAGCAACGACCUGACUGCCAGUAGGACUUUGGACGAAGCUGCUGUGGACUUCGAGAAGCUCCUCACCAGUGCCUUGUCUCGGUGGCCAAAGGCAAGAUUAUUUUAAUAUUUACAUAUGUGUUCCAUCAUAAUGAAUUAAAGGCGACAUAGAAUGCUUGUAUCACACAUAUAUGUUAGUUAUGGAGGUCUACUUACAUAUAUUAACUUGUUUUCAUGGUUAAAAACCUCCUAAUCGCUGCAAACGAGCCGAUCAAAAUAUCUCCUCACUGACGCUCUCGUCAGCCGCGCUGUUUCAGACCAAAACCACACCCCCCGAACGUGGACUGUGUUGUGAUUGGCCAGCCAACGAGAGCUUUCCCACUGUCCUGUGAUUGGCCAGAUACCUGGAAGUGACGUAAUUGGUAGGCCAGCUCUCAGAUACACAGCUCCCCCUCUGGCACGGUGGAUGCUCUGCAUCUCAGCAGCUACAACGAGAGUAGUUCUUCUUCUUCUGCGGUUGAAUGUACGCAACCGGAUGUGCCCGGACUAGUGCCCGCACCAGGAGGCGCUAUGGUGGUGAGAGGAGUGGUGAGGUUUACUGAUGACGACAUCAAACUACGGAAGUGCCGAUCCGCUUCGCAGAGCCCAGGAAAACAAUACAACACUAUUUUCUCAGCAGUGGCUGAACUGUUGUUCUGAAACGUUAGGGUUUCAUAAACGAGGUAAUGACGCAGAUACACACACAAACGCAGCGUUAAUUGGAGCUUCCGGUCUAUGUGGCCUUUAAUGGAUGUGCUUUUAUAGGCUGUUGCAGAAGAUUUGUUAUUCUAUUGACCGUUUGAGAUUAUUAUAUAUAUUUUUUUAAUUUUAUGUGUUGUAUAGGUGUUUGUCCUGGACUUCCCUCCGCGUCGGAACGUGGACCUGGAGCUCUUUCGCCAAGAGUUCCACCGCGUGGCCGCACGCAAGGGGGUGAGGUACUCCUCUAUCGCAGAGUUUUUUCCUCUCAGCCGAAGUGACCUGUGGAGUUGGGAUGGCGCGUGAGGUACUACUCUAUCGCAGAGUUUUUUUCCUCUCAGCUGAAGUGACCUGUGGAGUUGGGAUGGUGUAAGUUGAUAUGACAAAUGUUGUUUCCCAGACAAUUGACAGUAAAGAUAUUUUUGUUAAUUUGUGUUUUAUAUUAUGUAUUUCUGCAGGUGCACCUCAGCGAUGGACCCGGGAUGGGGCUGCUGGUGGACUUGCUGUUGUUCUUCUCCCGCCAGCAGUUAGAGAUGGCUACUGUUGUGGAGGUUGAACACAGCUUGCCGCCAGUUGCUCCUUCUCCUGCUCCCGCGCAAAUUGGGGUGAAGCGUCGUAGGAGCACUCCUGCUCCAAAGAAGAGCCGUGGGAACCAGGAGGUCGAGCUGGAGGAGGAGUGGCCCGAACUUCGCAGGGCUGUGGCGGAGGUCCCUGUGGAGCGGCCACGCAGGCGCAUCGGAUCCCAGAGGAGACGUACCCGGCAGCAGGAGGGGGCAGCUGCAGAUGUUGUGGAGGUGAUGACUGGACCAUCGCCUGCCAGUUCUGUGACCACCGAGGACCUUCCCUGCUCUACUCUGCACAGCUCCCCAGACUCCAUCAAAGGUAGGAUUAUUCCUAAUUCUUGGUGCUCUUACACUUUGCCGGUCACUUUUGCUGCAGGGUCGGUUAGUUCAGGUGUAGAGGAGGCCACAGUGGUUUCUGAUGCAGAAAGUGAGGUUGCAAUUUCGUUUGGGUGCUCUGAUACCUUUCCGUUAACUUUUGGUGUGGGUUCUGUAAGGGGAUCCUUUCAUCAUGGUCACCGGCGCUUUAAUUAUGGAGGUUUGCAGUGUAUGGCAGUACAUUUGGCUGCCAUGGCAAUGCAUAAGACCAAGAAUGUGUUUUCUUGGCAAACUCGCGAUCUGGACAAUGCUGUGAUUUCUGGUGACAAGAUCUACACAUCUUUGCGUGACAGUAACUCGAUAAGUGGCGGGCACUCUAUGCCGUGUAUUCCAGAGUUACCAAAGCAGUUAGAUAGAGAUGGCCAUUGUUAUGAGUUUGAGUAUGGUGGCUUUGUGACUGGAGAUGUCAAUGUGGUUGAGGGAGAGCUUAUUGAGGCAGGUGUGUGCACAACUCUGAGGGACGGUUUGGAAAAGAUGUGUAUGAAAUAUGACACAUGCUUUUUCACAUUGUCCUCCAGUACUUGUGGGAUUAUUAGGGAAGGAGAACGGUUUGCUGUAGUUGACUCUCAUGCACGCAGUGCAGAUGGGAUGGUGGAUCCCAAAGGGAAGAGUGUUGUUGUGUAUUUUAGUAGUCUUGAACACUUGAUUCAGCAUUUCAGUUGUUUCGCUGCAGGAUUCAGAGGGACACAGACGUUGUUUGAGAUUGCUGGUGUUCGUGUCACUCUGAAAGUAGAUGGUGGUGAUAGCAUAGAUGAUAGUUGUGUUUGCAAAGAUGAUGGUGGUGCUAGCCAGUCAUCUUCAGGUAAGAGAGUCAGUCAGAUUGGUGCAAAGCGUAAAGUUCCAAUCUCUACACGUAGUUCAAAGAGGGUUGUAAGGAGUGAUCCAGGUUAUCCAGAUUUAGCAUUUGUUAGUGAGGUUACAGUUAAGGAGACGUGUAUUGCCGUGUUUGUGUCUGAAUAUCGUGUUCCGAGUAAAAAUUAG